AUGACCGUGAACAAAAGCUUUACCAACUUGCCUGUUUACCUACAUAACAUUCAACGUACAAAUCCCUAUAGUUACACUUACAUUAAAACCGAUGUUUUGGAUCAGUUCCAACUAUGUUUUUUCGCUAUUCGAUGUGUGAUCAACGCAUUCUUAGGAUGUAUGCUUCCGGUCAUCUUCAUAGACAGUGUUCGUAUUCGAGGAGAGUAUCUUAAUUCAAUGUUCGUAGCAAUUGCUAUGGAUGGGAGAAAUAACACCACACCAAUUGCAUUUGGUAUUGGGGUGGCAAAUAAUGUUAACUCCUGCACUUGGUUCCUUAUGAGGUUGAAGGAUGCUAUCGGAGAGGGUAGGGAAGUUGCGUUCAUAACCAAUAUAGACGAUACCAUUACUUCUUUUGUGGGUCAGGUAUUCCCUGAUGCUUAUCAUGGUUAUUCGUCUAAGAGUGUGUUGAUUUAUUGUCGCUUAACAAUUGGUCAAAGAAAAAAUUUAGACUACUUGUUCUUCCAUGCAUGCAAAGUAUAUACCACGCAAGAUUUUGAACAAUCAUUUUCUAAAUUAAGUCAUGCUGCACGUGAGGUUCAUGUCAACAUCAGAAAUAAGAAAUGGGCAUGGGACUAUUUCCCUAAUAUACGUUGGAAUGUUCUAAACAUUAAUAUUCCAGAAUUCCCAUUGGUGUUAUCGGUAACGCAACACAAUGUACCGAUGAUAACGAUGAUUGAUACAAUUGUUCGGGAUGUUGAGCACCGUAUUCACCCCAUACACAUAGAUGGUCCUUCACAGGAGGAUGCAAAAGUCUCUACGAUGGAAAGCGACUAA